CGACUCUCCUUUCGCACCCCUAAAAUAACGAUAUCGUCGUCAGUCGUCUUUGGACCCUCUCCCCGUGUUGGUCUGCAAAGCAUCACGUAUCAGAUCCAUCAGCUUUUCCCACAACACGACGAGGUCUGCCUUGUGGUUUGUGUUUGUUAAGCACCCAAAGCUUGGCUAGACGCGCCGGCUCGGAUCCCCAAGCCCGCGCCAAGCCACCACAACAAGAGCAGCAAGCCGGCGACGGCCCGCGACCACAGCACGAACGCCACAACCGCAAACCAUAGCCGCAAUGGAGAGCACAGGGCAAGCGGAAGCCAAGGCUGUUGCUUCAUCAAGCAGGACGCCCAGCAUUGCCUCGGCAUCACCAGGCAGGCAGCAUCAAGAUGAUCACGACUCGGCUUCCACGGCAGAGUCGGAUGACCUCGACCUCCACCGCAAGAUCAGCCAGGCGUACGAGGAGGGCCACGAUGCCGACGUUGUCGGUUCUGCACUGGGGCCGGUGCGCAGCCAUGGCCGGAGACCUUCCUUGGCCAUGUCCCGCGCAUCAGCAAGGCGCACCUCCAACGUCAAUCGGGUAGAUGCCGCUGAUCUCGAAAAGGGGACAGGGGAUGAUGAUGAACCUGGCACCGCCGGAGACGACGCGACAGCCGACGAGUCUCUGGAAGUGUGGUGGGACAGCGACGACGACCCAACCAAUCCAUUCAACUGGCCCCAGUGGCAGAAAGUCCUCAACACCACUUGCAUCAGUGUCAUGACCUUUGUCACACCAUUAGGCUCUUCAAUCUUUGCCCCUGGCGUGCCAGAAGUCAUGAACGAGUUCCAGUCCGGCUCGCUGCUACUAGCCUCGUUCGUCGUCUCCGUGUACCUGCUUGGCUUCGCCUUUGGCCCCCUGCUCAUCGCGCCCCUGUCCGAGAUCUAUGGGCGUGUCAUUGUCUACCACGUCACCAAUGUCGGCUUCACCAUCUUCUGCGUCGCCUGUGCGCUCUCGCCGAGCCUCAACGCGCUCAUCGUCUUUCGCUUCUUCUGUGGUAUAUUUGGCUGUGCUUCCGUCACGAAUGGCGGAGGCACCAUCGCCGACAUGAUUCGCCAGGAGAGCCGCGGUGUGGCCAUGUCUUUGUACAGUAUCGGGCCCCUGCUUGGUCCUAUCGUCGGGCCAGUAGCCGGCGGCUUCAUCUCGCAGUCCCUGGGGUGGCGCUGGGCGUUCUGGGUCCUCGCCAUCAUCGGCGGCGUCGUGACCGUAGCGAGCUUCUUCGUCCUGAAAGAGUCGUUCGCGUACGUCAUCCUCCAGCGCAAGACGAACCGCCUGCGCAAGGAGACCGGCAACCCGCUCCUGCGCUCCCGCCUCGACGCCGGACUGGGGCAGGCCGACUUUUUCAAGCGCGGCAUCAUCCGCCCGGUCAAGAUGUUCAUCAAGUCCCCCAUCGUCGUCGUCACGUCGCUCUACAUGUCCCUCAUCUACGGGUACCUGUACCUCAUGUUCACCACCAUGACUACCGUCUUCCAGGGCGCCUACGGCUUCUCGACGGGCAUCACGGGCCUGGCGUUCCUCGGCCUCGGCGUGGGCAACCUCGCCGGCCUGGCCAUCUUCAGCGCCACCUCGGACAAGUACAUCCAGCGCAAGGCCGCCGAGGCCGACGCGCUCGCCGAGACGACCGGCGCGGCCAAGGAAGGCAUGAAGCCCGAGUACCGCCUCCCCUUGCUCCCCGUGGGCGCGUUCCUCGUGCCCAUCGGUCUCUUCAUCUACGGCUGGACCGCGCAGUACCACGUGCACUGGAUCGUGCCCAUCAUCUCGCACGUCUUUAUCGGCAUCGGCAACCUCGUCGUCUUCAUGGCCCUCCAGACGUACCUGGUCGACUGCUUCACUAUCUACGCGGCUAGCGCCAUCGCCACGAACACGGUGGUCAGGUCCGUCGUGGGCGCCCUGCUGCCGCUGGCUGGGUUGCCCAUGUUCGAGUCGCUGGGGCUGGGCUGGGGCAACAGCUUACUGGGCUUCAUUGCCGUGGCCACGAUCCCGAUCUCGUUUGUGCUGAUCAGGUGGGGAGAGUCGCUGAGGAAGCGGUACCCGGUGAGGAACUUGUAGCUGGUGAAGCAGAGGUCGUGUUCAGGGGGUAAUCUGUAUGGAAGAACCGGUUGCCCAGUGUUUUGUGUAUGGUCUCAUCUCGACCAGGGUGUCAGUGCGAAGGAAGAUUUCAUUGUCUGGGAUGAACAGAACA